AUGCAGGCGGCCGCCACGGACGACCGAUCCUACCGAAUCCAACGCCAGGCGAAUAUGCCAUAUUCCACUGAUGCUCCUGUUCUUCAGUCAGAAGCCGACCGUCAAGGACGAUCGAAUUCACGCCCGCCAGUUAGCGCAAAUGGGAAGAAUAUUGCGAACUUUCCGGAGCUAGCUCCAAUAUCGCCGGAGGCUCGAAGACGCCAGAUAGCUACGCAUAGGCGAUCAGACAGUCUUGGGAGUGUCAGGGACGGGGUUGGAAACCUGAAUCGCUGGUCGCAGUCUACAACCUCUAGCAAAGGUUCCACGGCGCAUGUGAGGUCAAACAGCUCCUCGCGCGCGCUGGGGUCGGCCUCCGGAACCAGCAAAAUUGAUACUUUCUCCAAAGGAAGCAGAUACGGGGCGCCAAAGUCGGAAAGCUCUCCUCAGCGGCUUCCGUUGCGAGGACGAGACGGCUCAAAUCUCCCACCGACCCUACCUCCCAUAAUAACGCUCCCCACAUAUCGCCCUGGUAGCAACGAUCGCGAUCAGUCCCCACAAACGGGAACAACUAUCUCGCCAUCAACUGCAGGGUUACUGUCCGCCGCGGUGCGGUCUGCGGCGCCUGACUACUUUGGCGAUUCGUGGGAGCAUCUAAAUACCCUUGGCUCAACGAGAAACCAUUCAAUGAAUCGGUCUCCCAUAAUCCCUUCGUCUUCGCUCCCACCAGGAUACACCAAAUCUAGUGCCAGCCCUGUCCAGAAGCCGCGGCAGGGAGGGGACCGUAGCCGCAGUAGGGGACAUUCGCGAAACCGGUCGCACGCCACGAAAGGGAGCUCAGGGACCAUAUCCUCGGAGAAAAACAAAGAUCGCUCGUCGAGGCAGCCAUCGCAAAAAGCCAUGCUUUCAAAGGCGCUUCAGAAAGCGAAUACGGCGGUGGUGCUUGAUAAUGCAAUGAAUUUCGAGGGUGCCAUGCAGGCGUAUUCAGAGGCAUGCGAUUUACUACAACAAGUGAUGAUGAGGAGCUCCGGGGAUGAAGAUAGAAGGAAGCUGGAGGCUAUUCGAAAUACCUACACCAGUCGGAUAACAGAGCUGGUGAAGCUUGCUCCCUACAAUGAGGAUGACAAAGCCUUACCUGCCAGACCCGAAAGCAUUGAAUACACAGAUGAUCUAUCUCCCCCCAUAGAUGAUGACGGAGCAACGGUAGGAAUGGCAACUAUGACGACAAUAGUUAACCAAGACACCUUUGCCCUUGAACCUUUCCCUGCUGAGCAGCCACCUAUACAACACCCCCGACGAAGGGACUCACUUGUGCCGCAGACCUUUGAUAGAUCUGCCCCUGCAAGGUCUCCGAUCGGCCAAGGCCUCCUCGGCUCACAAACAGCUCUGCCCCCCCCAAUGGAGCGCCAAUCAAUGAUGGUGCCACCACUCUCCCCAAGACCCCCAACCUCUCCAAUGGAUAUGCUACCAACGGAAGAAGACCACUCAAAGCCCUAUCGUCCAUCGACUGAAUCGAAUGAAAACAGUCAUGCGAGGGAAAUAAGCACCGAUUCCAUUUCCUGGCUGGAUACUAUUGAUGAAUCUGGUGGUUCCGGGGCUUCGUCCGUACAUUCAAGGACGUCGUCACUGGGCAUGAGAAGGAAACAUAUACGAGCUGCUAGCGGAGCAACCGAGGCAGAAUUUGAUGCUGCCUUAGAUGCUGCAGUGGAAGCAGCAUAUGACGACGGUUUCGAGCCUGUGGAAAACCUCCCUCCCAUGAGAAGCACUGCUGAGUAUGAUAAUGGAGUCGCAAGUAUGCGAAUGAGGGUUGAGAUGGCUAGGGAAAGGGUCAGGCAAACAGAAAGGGAGACCGCUGUUCACAUGGCCAGAGAUCGAGAGAGGGAGCGCAUGGCACAAGACCAGACCGGCCAGGAGGACUACUAUGACGGCGAAUCAGAGGAAGAAGAGCGUAUGCUUGAGGAGAUGACCAGAGGCUACGUUAUGGAUGAGUUUGAGUUCGGUCUCCAGUCCAAGUCGGCAUUGCCUCGAGAAUCUGACUCGAGUGGGUUUUCUGGACGCACCUGGCACAGUUCUCUCGGGUCAAAUCCCACCACUAGUGGAACUACCAUGUCUACCAUUACGGAGACUACCCCUAUCCCCAAAUUACCCGUUUUUCAAUCGAAAACACCGCCGCCAGUUUACCCUCCCCCUGGCCAAGCUCCCCCGCUUCCUCCUACGUCUAGUGCUCCGCAAUUCUCACGACCAUUGCAAAUGCAGGCGCCCGAACCCGCAACUAAUUCUCAUGCCGUGAGGGGCAGACGCCUGUCGGGACAAAAUCCCAAGCAAUUGAAGAUCGAUACCACCACAAUUACCACACCAAAAGCACCACCUCCGGAAGUCCCUUUAGAGCCUGCAGGAGGGUUUUCGCUACCGAAAAUGGAAAUGCCACCACCUCCGAUACCGCAAUCCGCGAGCAACACCGGAUUCUGGGCUCGCCAAACCUCAUCUCCUUUCCUAGCAGACGUUGCGUCUCCGCCGACGCCUACACUUACGCAAAGCUUUAAUUUGGACGAUAAUGCCUGCUCUAUUCCUUGUUCUGGUUCUCCUGGACGAGCGCAGUCCAGAUCAGGAAUCCGGAAGAACUUCUCUUCCUCCAGUCUCAAGAACCUGAAGAGUCGAAAUCCUUCGGUAUCUCACGUGGACGAUGGCCCCGAGGUGUCACCGAAUACGCCAAUGACGGCUCAGUUUGGCACCAUUUCAGCCACGAGGGGAGAUCCAAACAGACUGCCGGCGAUGCCAGCACUGCCAACACCCAUUGCAGUGGCUUUCCGAGACAAGAUAAAUGGUGCUCCGAAUGGUGCUCCCACCGGCGGCCUGUACCUAUUCGAUAAUGAUAUGCACUCUCCAGAAAGUCCAAGCUUGCCUAAAAGCGGCCACACAGGUGGGCCGAUACCCUUGGAGCCAUGUCCGACUGAACAUCUCCUACGGCCUUUCUGGCUAAUGCGCGCUUUCUAUCAAACCUUGGUCCAUACUCGUGGUGGAUACCUCUCUACCAAACUUUUCGUACCAAGGGAUGUCUGGCGUGUCAAGGGAGUUAAAAUCAAGGGGCUUGAGGAGAAGAUAUCAUGCUGUGAUCUCCUAACGGCAGCUUUGCAGAAACUCGCUCAGGUUGAUACCUUUGAUGCGGAUGCGGUGCUCGAUGAGAUGCAGGCUUUUGAAGACGUCCUUGAGCAAGCUCGGGCCAUUCUAGUACGAAAGCUUGGUAAUGAUGUCGGUGUACAGGGCUCAGGCAUGCUAUUUAAGGAUGCCUCGUCGACCUCAACCGAAGCAGAGGCAACUACCACCACCUCCAAAACAUCGUCCGGGACCGGGAAGCAAUCUUCGUUCUCGUGGCGCCGAUUGCGGUCCAAGAGUUCUGGGGUGGCGCUGAAUAAUUACGGCGGACGCACCGCAGUAACAGAGACUCCAAAGGAAGGACAUACUAUAAGUUCUCUUCCCAUGACGACCUCGGGCAGUACCCGAUUCGCGAAGAGGGAUAUAUCCCAGGUUCACUUUACGGGCCCGAAUGCCAACUAUAUGAGCGCAUUAGCAAAGCUAUUCGAUGCAGCUCAAGUCCUUGACCAAAUCGCUCGUCAGGUCGAGGAUCCCGGCCUUAAACAUGCAGAUAAAACACAAGUCGGUUUGGAACUGAGCACUCGCCACGCUGCGGAGUUCUUCGGAUUCUAUAUCUGCAGAUUCGUCGUGACAGAUAUUGGCAUGCUACUGGACAAAUUCCUCAAGAGAGGCAGUGAAUGGGUCCUCAUUUGA